UGUAAACAAAUUAAAUUAUGAACGAAAUUAAAUGGUGAAUUCUUGUGAACAGUAAUAGUUUAAAAAAGGACAGUGUUUGUGGGUGUCAUUAAUUUAGUUUAUUUAGAGACUAUGCAACCUCAAAUGAUAAAUUAUUCUUUAACUGAAAUUGUCAUAUGUUUCAUAGUAGUCGGAUAUGCAGCUGUGGACUUAGUUCCUUGCGAUAGGACACGGAGAGUUUUUUACACGAGAUGGGGUGUUAUAAGUGAUGGUCCUGUAGGUUCUAAUUAUACACAAGACAGCCAUUGUGAAUGGUUAAUUAAAGCAAAUGGUACUAAUAAAUUUAUUACGUUAAUUUUUCGUAAUAUGGGAACUGAGUGUUCUUAUGAUUAUGUAUUUGUUUAUGAUGGUGAUUCUUUUAAUUCUCCUCUUCUGGGUAGUUUUAGCGGAAAAACAGAACCUCAACAAGUUAUAGCCACAUCUGGGUUUAUGCUUGUACUGCUAUAUAGUGAUACAAAUUAUGUUUUAGAUGGAUUUAAAGCAGAAUUUUCUGUAACGGAUUGUCCAAAUAAUUGCUCUAAUCAUGGUGUUUGUUAUGAGCAUCAGUGUAUAUGUGAAGGUGAUUGGGGUGGUUUCGAUUGCUCUAGGCCGCUAUGCCCAGAAAAUUGUGGUAGACAUGAGGGCCAUGGUCAUUGUAACCAAGGAUUGUGUAUCUGUCGGUCGGGUUAUUCUGGCCAAGCUUGUAGUUUAUAUGAGAAAGAUGAUGUAGGUAACAAAUGGCACUGGCUUUCUCAUUCUGAAGGAGGAUUUCAACCUCGUGCUGCCCAUUCAGCUGUAUAUAUAGAAAUUACUGACUCUUUAUAUGUAUUUGGAGGAUAUAAUCUCAAUACUAUCCUUGGAGAUUUAGAAAUUUAUAAUUUUCAAACAAGUAAUUGGAGGAACGAAAAUGGUGAGGUACUUCAAAAUAAAAAUUUAUUAAAUUCUGUUGAUCCAAGUUCAGUGGCAAGCUUGAUUGAACAUGCUGGACGUGACUGGGAACAGAAAUGGGGUAUUAAUACUAGAACAUCAUUCUUAAGGAAUUUAUUAUAUACAAUAAGUAACAAUACAACAUAUACAAGGCGAAAGCAGAGACAUUCAACGAUAAUAGAAAAUGAUCACGAACCAGCAGCACGGUAUGGGCAUGCAGCUUGUGCAAUAUUCCGAGGAUUUGUACUUUUUGGAGGUAAAUUGCAUAAUGGUAGUUUGGCUAAUGAUUUGUGGUAUUAUGAUGUUCAAACUAGAACUUGGCAAUUAAGAGGACAGUUUUCACUAGUUCAGCCUCCUUCGUUAACCAGACAUACACUCACAUGUAUAAAUAAUGUUAUUUAUUUAUUUGGUGGUAGCACUCUUGAUGGAGAAUUUUCCUCUACAUUAUAUAAUAUAAAGUUAUCUAAAGGGUUUGAUGAGAUGUGGCAAGAAAUUAAUCCUAGAGGUGGAAAGCAAUUAGAUGUUCGUGUAGUAGCCCAUACUAUGGUUUAUCAUCGUUCAACAAACUCUUUAAUAGUAUAUGGUGGGAUUGUACCUGGAGUAGCUAGAUUUUCUAAACUUUCAGAUAGAAUGUUCUCAUUUCAAUUGGAUAAUCGUUAUUGGACAGAAAUACAUUACACUCGUGAACAUUUGCGUGAAAAAUUUGUACCUAGAGAACGUGCUUUCCAUACAGCUAAUAUAUUUGGAAAUUAUUUAAUUAUAUUUGGUGGUUAUUCACAUAGACACAAUAAAGAAGAAAUUUGUUAUGACAAUCAGAUGUAUUUAUAUCAUUUGGGUUGUCAUACAUGGGUUAAUCCCGAUAUAUUAGGAAAAUCCAAUGAAUCAAGAUAUCCUAAACAACAAGGU